GAAUUGUGGAAUAGCCAAAAGCAUUUGGAGUCAAUUAGGAAUAGGCCUCUUUUGUGAAGAUGUAAGGAAAAGUUUAUACAAACAGUGCUAUACUUCCAAGUGAUAUUGUAAUUAAUUAUUUAGACACAUGGGGCUAAAUGUCUGGCAUUAGUGUCAAACGCGUGAGAACCACUGACUGAAGUGUCGCCGAAGACGGUCGCAAGUCGUUGCGUUUGUUUCAAUCUCUGUUUCGAUAUAAUGUGCAUAAAAAAAGCUUUCAUAUGUCUGUGUGUGUGUGUGUGCGGGUGCUGUGUGUGUGUGUUAGUGUGCUUAACUAGUAGCCUGUAACGUGUCAUGCAGCCUAUAUCUCUCUCACUUUAUUUCCCUCCCUCUCUCUCUCUCUGAUUGUGUGUGUGUUUAUCUUUGUUAUCGUUUUUGAAUAUUGAAUACAGAGUUUGUAGACGCGUUGGGAAAAAAAAAGCCUCAAUCCCACACUGAUAAAGUAACCUAACCAGAAAUGACAAAUACCUGUAGGGCUUCCAUAUCUUCGAUUGCAAAAUCCUACUAUUACUAGAACAUAAAAGGCAUAAAUCUAUUCGGGUUGCCCUGUUCUAUUUUGAAUUAUCUUGUCUUUGGUCUAUUAUUCAAAUUCAGAGAUUUUAUUUACCGACGAAGGAAUAGUUUUUAUUUAACGUGUUGACAUUAUGUCACGGAACAAAGGUUGAUUGGACGCUAUUGUCCCAAUCUAAAGAUAGGAAUGAGAUCUUGCGUCAGGUCAGCUCUCUAUUGCACGGCGACGUUUUCUCUCAUCAGUACUCUCGUCUUCCUGGUUUUCACUACAAGAACAUUUUUCUUCGACACCAGAGACCAAGAUCCUGUGGUUGUAGGCCGAAACGCAGGCGUCUCCACGCUCAAUCUGUUGAAUGGGUUCAAACACUCCAAGGUGAUGCUCGGACCAGUGGUUCUCAAAUCGACAGUAACAUCGUCAUCAGGGCCACCCACACUGAGACUGAACAUUCCGAAGGACAAACUGAAGCUGGUAGGGAGAGGGGAGAAUAUCCAAGCUGGUGAGCAGCAGGUCCACAUCACCACAGCUGUCUACUACAAGGACUACCCACUGAAGCCAGGCUUUAACGUAUUCUUGAACGGCUGGGCCAGGCACAACGAUAGCAUGGAUUUCAAAUGCUGCUUCUUCAGCUCGCUCCCGGAAGCGGAUUCCCAGGGCGUCACGGUAACGGAAGUGGCCGCCCGGAUGUACAACGUGUACCGGCAGUGGAUUGUGGACAUGCAGAACGCCGAGUUCUCUUGCUCCGUACCCACCGCCGCCAACGCCACGCUCCAGUUCCGCUACGUUACAUUUGUCAAACUGACCUGCCGGGAUAUCAAGGAUAAGGUUAUGAGGAUAGAGAUGCCCGAAGUGAUCCCAAAGUCCGUGGGCGUUUGCCUGAAGGUAACCUACGGCAAAGUGAACCCGGAGAAGAUGGUGGAGUGGUUUGAGUUUAUGAAGCUGAUGAAAGUGACCCGGGUAUUUACAUAUUACUUUGAUGUUGAACCGGAAGUGCUUCGAGUUUUACAGUACUACAAUAAGACUGGAUUUCUGGAUCUUCUUCUCAUACAUCCGGCCAAGUCAAGACAUGGUAAAGACAGAGGCUUCAGACACCCGCGAUACUCUGAGCAGGCCUUUGUAGAUGAAGUCAUGGCGGUGAACGACUGCAAGCACCGGAUGUCAAGAUUCGACUACGUGGUCAUCAUGGACAUUGAUGAAUUCAUCCUCCCCAAGGGAAACAUCACGACCUACUAUGAUCUCUUUAAGUUAGCUUCUAAUCGAUUUCCGAAGGCUGGAGGUUUUCAAGUUGAUGCUUAUGUAGUGAUGACAUCUUGGGGAGCAACUAGAGACUCGCCUUUACAUUUUACUCGCUACACAAAUCGGACACUGGAGGCCAACUACGACGGUGCUCACAGGAAUACAAGAUGGGUCUUUAUACCCCAGAGAACAUUUUAUGCUCGGAAUAAUUAUGUUUACACAAGAUCUGGAUUUAAUAUAGCUGUGUUGCCUCAUGACAUCUCCAUCUUGUUUCACUACCGGAACUGCAAGCGGCAGUGGGUCACGUGCAACAACUCCACGCGCGUCACAGACGACAUCGUGGUCAAGUACGAAAGCCGCCUGGUGGAGAAUAUCUCCAGAAUGACCCUGACCCCCUUGCUGUACAAGAGUACCGAUUACAUCAAGCAUCUGAGGGACUGGCAUUCAAAACACAAAACGCAAACAUGAUUUCAAAGACAACACCCACUCUCCCCGAAACGAAAGCUACAUUUUAUUGGAAAACGUGAUCGAAGUCUGCAAGCUCCAAUGUUUUUGAUGGAGCACAGAAGAUCACACUGAGACCAAUAACACUCAGACUGAUGUCUGGAUCUACCUCCUAAUUAGUAAGGAAACCUGACAGCAGCUGACUUAUUCAUGAUUGUUUUUCUUCUUACGCACAAGUCCUAACAACGGCACUCUGAGCAUGGAUAUAGCUUCAGUGUGGUAAUGUCCAAAUGCCUUGAUUAAGGCUUUUUUUUUGUUGGGAUUCACUACUAUAAUGCUCCAUUCUCCUUCUAUAACUUGGAACUAAUUGGUAGAAUGUUUCACACGUAUUAUAUAAAUCGACCAUCUGCGGAAAAUGGUUAUGCUUGCCCUGGAUGUGUCAAAAUAUGUAGGUCACAGCUGGAGCUGCGCAGCCACGGGAAAUGCUGCACUCCUCACUAAUCUUCGGACUCGAAGACAAACCUUAUUAUUAUUAUAUAAAUCUAGCGCUUCCAAUAGAGACUUCGAAAAGAUUCAGAAACUGCAGUGUUUAGAUGACGAGAUUAUUAUUUAUCAACACCAAGGUUCACAGCAAGUGUCCUUUGAAUAUGAUUAUCUGGGAAGUUGGAAGUACUUGAAAAAGACACUGCCCAUUUGUAUAAGUUACUGGUGCCGCUGUCCUUGGUUGCUCUUCCAAUAUUUUUUUAUUUAAAAUAAGAUAACAGUUAAUGGCUAUGGGGAAGAUAGCUGACUGUGUUUUUGGCUGUGUUAAAUGAAAUAGGUCAUGCUAAUCUCUGAUGAAUUGUUUUUCAUUAAUUGUCAUAUGAUACAAACUAACAAAAUAUUGACAUUCCGAAACAUUAUAAUACAAUAUUUCUUGUUUUCUGAUUGGUUUGUCUGUUUUUAAAUAUUUAUUUACAUUAACUUAUUUGUUUAUUACUUUUGAUGACUAUCUUUUUUAAAACUGUAACCAGUGCAAUAUGUCUAGGAAGAUGUUUUGAUAUAACCACUCUACAUGACAUUGUAUUUACAUUACUGGAUCAAUAAUAAUCAUAAACACAUGUCAAAGAUUAUUGUCAUUGAUUAUUUGAUCAUAUUGUCUUCCUCACUAUUAUAUUUAACCCCCCCCCCCCUCCCGCUUCUUGUUAAUCAAACGGAAAUGUUCCUUGUCUAUACUUUUUUAAAAGCUUUAUAAAAAUCCAGUUGUUAACUCAUUCUCUCCUAACUGACGAUACCAACGUUGAUUCCACCACAAUGUGGUAAAGAAUUACGGAGAGAAAGAGUUAAUAAUAAUACUUACAUCUAAAAGCUUGCCAUAUUUUUAGUAGAAAGAAAUGCGAGCACUUGUACAUUUCAUCUCAUUUUCCGUCUUUUAUUUAAAAACAUAUUUAUAUCGUUUUUAAUGUCUGGUAAAAAAGUCCAUGACCUUGUGCAAUUCUACUAAGCUUUUUGUUUUGCAAAACAAACACUCUCCUCCUACUCUUCUGCAUGCUAGCAGACCAGAUCUUUCUUUAGUCUCUGCUAACUUAGAAUCUGUCAUAACUUAUCAAGUACUAGGCGAUAUUGGUAGUGACCACCUUCCAAUAUUACUGACUGUCACUCUUUCUAAAAUCAACACCAAGACCACCAAAGAGCCACGAAACUGGUACUAUAGUAGAGCUAAUUGGGAAGGAUACGAGGCAGAAAAUUCAAGAACUUUUGGACCGCUAAAAAAACAUAUUUAUAUAGAUUUAAAAAAAAAAAUCAGUUUUGAGUUUGUGGAGCGUAAGGCCCUACGUAGAAGCACUGCCCUAAAUCCGAAGCUGCAUUUAUGGGCCUAUAUUUCAAGCACACUAUAAGCAGACACGUCUUAGCCACGACAGUGUUGCCAGUUGUAAGAUUUAAAGUAGUGUCAGUAAAAAUGAGGGAAAAUGUUCAAAUAAUUAAAAAAAAAAAGUAAAAGUUUUUGACCCAUCGAAAUUCUAUUUUCAUCUCUAGUGUGGAGUCCCCGGAGCAGUAUCCCCACCUGCCCUACCUUAAAUCUGGCCUAUCUCUUAUGUAUCUACCUUGUCUGCUGGGAGUUGACUUAUCUAUCUUGAGGAUUCUUGUCUAUUUGAUUUACCGACUACUUUAUCAUGGCCUACUAUGGCAGCUUGUACCUGGCACAUUAUUUUUACUAAACUACUUACAUUCUAGACAAUUUGCCAUUAAAAUUUUGGCAGAACGAAUACAGACUAAUAUUUGGACUAGAAGGCAUUAACUUUCAUUUUCAUCCAGCAUAACUGGAUGUCUGCCUGGUCGUGCGGUAUGCGCGCUGGACUGUCGUUCGGUUGUCUCGAUGGUCCAGGGUUCACGCCCCUGUCAUCCUGCGGGAGGUUUGGACUAGAUAGUAGAUUCUCUUGAACUCUGAAGGAACAUCCGAAACAUGUAAAACAAACAAACUUAGUCAUAUAAGGCUGGCUGUGUUAUGUGCAGGGGCGUAGUCAGGAAUUUUCCAUCAUUUGGGGGCUCCUGCCUUUAGCGUAAUAUUUAAUGUAAACAACACUCAUUUGGGGGUCCCUCUCAAGUGGGGGCCAGGGGGGGGGUAGAUUUUCCCCCUCCUCCUCCACCCUAGCUACGCCACUGGUUAUAUUUGUAUUCUAACUAGGUCAUACCUAUUUGAUAUAGUUAGUGAUAAUACCUUGAUUGUUUCUUGUGUAUUGCAUACAUUAAUAUACAUAUUAAAAAAAAAAAUUCAGUUAUCAAAGUUUAACGACGCCUACAUUGUUGAUACAAACUCAUAUAUGUCAUAUGAUUAUAAUUAUUUAAGUUAUGUUUUUAUGUACCAUCUACACUGUUGUUCUAAAUGGUUAUUUAUUGAGAGUAUACAGAAGAAAAAAAAUUGUAAAACAAAAGUUGGCAUAAAGAGAAAGAUCUCAUUUCUAAAUAUAUUUUGCAAGUAACAAAGGGAAAAAACUGUAUUUAUUUUUGUAACGAUUACUGAUAAAGAUAGAUACGAGUUAUGUCUCUUAGAACAGGAUGCGCUACUCGUGUUAAAAAUGGCCAUCAUUCAAGUUUUGUUUCUUUUGCAAUAAAUGAAGUUUUAACCAGUUA